AUGUCCCGCAAACGUUUACACUAUGGGCUCAGUGCCAGCCUGUUAUUAUCGACUCUUCUAUUAGGCGUUGUCUCGGCCUCCGAUUACCAACAAUAUCCAAUACUCCCGCCACAAGUACCCUGGGACGGGGAGCCUACGGAGGCCCAUGAGUUUUCCUUACGUCACAUCUUUCACCGAGUCACACACGACGAGACCGAGUUGCAUGCAAGGCUCGACAUCACACCGGAGACCCGCCUUCGAACGGUGACCGAGGAUGGCGACGAAACAGAAUAUCUCGCAUCAGAGUCAUCUCUCCGUGCGACAUCCAGUCCUUUGACCAUACAAAGAUUAGCGGAUCGACGACUCCCCGUGGUCGAGGGGCACUUAGCAGCAGCUCGGUCUUCAGGCCAUGCGGCUGAGCUAUCUCCACCCGAAUGGGUCAUGGACACUGUAUCAGGACCGAACAUUACAGACAAACAGACAGUCCUAUCAUUUGCUCAAAUGACAGCGAAUGACUACAUCCAAGAGCCUGGGACCGGCGAGUGGCAUACCAUUCAUGGCCAGUUCAACUACUCAGGCAGCUUUGGAUGGCAGAAAGACGGACUCAGAGGACAUAUUUACUCCGAUAAGAGCAACAGCACCGUUGUUAUUUCCUUGAAGGGGACAUCGCCCGCUUUGUUCGACGGCGCCGGCACGACCACCAACGACAAAGUUAACGAUAACCUGUUCUUCAGCUGUUGCUGUGGCCAAGGAGGCUCAUAUUUAUGGAGGCAGUCAUGCGACUGCCAGACCAAGACAUAUACUGCAAAUCUGACUUGCAUCGUCGAAUCUAUGAAUGAUGAAAAUCAUUAUUACAAGCAGGCUCUGGAUCUUUAUUCCAACGUCACCGAGAUCUACCCGGACGCAAAUGUUUGGAUGACAGGCCACUCGUUGGGUGGUGCCAUGACCAGCUUGGUUGGGUUGACAUUUGGGUUACCCGUGGUGACUUUCGAGGCUGUACCGGAGGCCCUUCCUGCAGGUCGACUGGGUAUUCCAAGCCCGCCAGGCUAUGAUGCACGACUCCCACAGAGGCGACAAUUCACUGGAGCCUACCAUUUCGGACACACGGCCGAUCCGAUUUACAUGGGAACCUGUAAUGGAAUCAACUCAAUUUGUACGUGGGGCGGCUACGCAAUGGAGUCAGCAUGUCACACCGGCCAGGUGUGCGCCUAUGACACAGUUGGGGACAAGGGCUGGCGUGUCGGCCUCGGGACUCACAAAAUCGAGAACGUGAUUUCCGACGUGAUCAUGAAAUACGAUACUGUUCCAACAUGCGUUGCAGAGGAGGAGUGUUAUGAUUGUGAGUUGUGGAAAUUCUUCAAAAGCAAUGGAUCUGAGAUCACAACCACCACUUCGACAACUACCACGACGUCUCAUACGAGGACAUCCACCUGUAAGACACCUGGGUGGUGGGGUUGCUUGGAUAAGAGUGCUACUGCCACGACUACGACCGCUCCAACCACCACAGCUACUACCACGACCUGCAAGACCCCCGGCUGGUUUGGCUGCAAUGACCCCACGACCACGACAGCCGCACCUACACCCAGCGCGACGAGAACUUGGGUCACCCAGACUGCAAGUACCACUUGUCACAGUCCAGGCUGGUUCGGCUGUAAUGACCCUACGACCACAACAGCUGCACCUGUAUCCAGCGUGACGAGAACGUGGCUUACUGUGACUACAAGUAGCGCUUGCCACCAUCCAGGGUGGUUCUUCUGCAAUGACCCAACUACGACAGCCGCACCUAUAUCCAGCGCGACACGAACUUGGGCUACUCAGACUAAAAGUAGCACUUGUCACAGCCCAGGGUGGUUUUUUGGCUGCAAUGACCCCACCGGCAUAGUGCUCACCACUGCGGCUCCUACAUUCACACCUACUGCCAUCCGCUGA